AUGAUGGGUUGCAUGGAACGGUUAAUGCUUCGUAUUAAUAAUCACGAUGGCAAAAAAGUCUCCGAAUUUGACCAUCACAACGGCUUCAUAUCAAUCAAGAACCUCAACAAACUCGCAAUCGCGCACCAUUUGCUUGUUGCUGCUACAUUCAGACCAUACAUCCUUCUUAUAAAAUCAUCAACUAUGGCGAACUAUCUCGCUUCAAUCUUUGGAACUGAGCAGGACAAGGUCAACUGCUCUUUCUACUACAAAAUCGGUGCCUGCCGCCAUGGUGAUCGGUGUUCGCGAAAGCACGUAAAGCCUUCAUACUCGCAGACGAUCCUCCUGCCAAAUCUGUACCAAAACCCGGCAUAUGACACCAAGAAUAAAAUGAACCCGAGCCAGCUGCAAAACCACUUCGAUGCCUUCUAUGAAGAUUUCUGGUGUGAAAUGUGCAAAUAUGGCGAACUUGAAGAGGUCGUAGUGUGCGAUAAUAACAAUGACCACCUAAUCGGAAACGUGUAUGCUCGAUUUAAAUACGAAGACUCAGCGCAGCAGGCCUGCGAUGCGCUGAAUUCUCGAUGGUAUGCGGCGCGACCCAUAUACUGCGAGCUAUCCCCAGUCACCGAUUUCCGAGAAGCAUGUUGUCGGCUGAAUAGUGGAGAAGGGUGUGUUCGCGGAGGGUUCUGCAAUUUCAUCCAUCGGAAGGAACCCAGUCCUGAGCUGGAGAGAGAGCUCGAGCUCUCGACGAAGAAGUGGCUGAAGAUGAGAGGGCGUGAUGAACGGAGUGUAACCCGCAGCCCAAGCCCAGAGCCAACUCGGAGGAGAUAUUGA